AUGUUGCUUCUUCUUCCAUUGCUUGUUCUCAUCACCCCCUCUCUUGCUAAUUACCAUUACAUCCCAUAUGAAUACAAAAGUUCUAUGAUCGAGCCUUUAAACCUUGAGUCUAACUUAUUAGAAGAGAAAUCAUAUCACGAACCAUACUACCCACCCGAUUAUAAAUCUUAUAGAGAUAAAAAAUCAUAUUAUGAUUAUCCGCCUACCUAUUACAAAUAUCCCAAAGAUGAAAAACCAUAUUAUGAAUAUCCACCUACAUAUUACAAACCACCUAAAGACGAGAAGCCAUAUUCUGAAUACAAACCACCAACUUAUUACAAAUAUCCCAAAGAUAAAAAACCAUAUUAUGACUACCCACCUAAAGAUGAGAAGCCAUAUUAUGAAUACAAACCACCAACUUAUUACAAAGAUCCCAAAGAUAAGAAACCAUAUUCUGACUAUCCAUCUAAAGAUGAUAAGUCGUAUUAUGAAUACAAACCACCAACUUAUUACAAAGAUCCCAAGGAUAAGAAACCAUAUUAUGACUAUCCACCUACUUAUUACAAACCUCGUAAAGAUGAGAAGCCAUAUUAUGAAUACAAACCACCAACUUAUUACAAAUAUCCCAAAGAUGAAAAACCAUAUUCUGACUAUCCACCUACUUAUUACAAACCACCAAAAGAUGAGAAGCCAUAUUCUGAAUACGAACCACCAACUUAUUACAAAUAUCCCAAAGAUAAGAAACCAUAUUAUGACUACCCGCCUAAAGAUGAUAAGCCAUAUUCUGAAUACAAACCACCAACUUAUUAUAAAGAUCCCAAAGAUAAGAAACCAUAUUCUGACUAUCCACCUAAAUAUGAUAAGUCCUAUUAUGAAUACAAACCACCAACUUAUUACAAAGAUCCAAAAGAUAAGAAACCAUAUUCUGACUAUCCUCCUACUUAUUACAAACCACCUAAAGAUGAUAAGCCAUAUUAUGAGUACAAACCUCUUAUGGAAGAAAAACCAUAA